CUUUUUACUCUAUAUUUAACAUACAAUAAAAUGUUUUGUGCUAUUUCUGGAGAGGCACCUGAACAACCUGUCGUUUCUGUUAAGUCUGGAAAUGUUUUCGAAAAGAGAUUGAUCGAAAAGUACAUUGCUGAUAAUGGUAAAGAUCCCAUCAACAACGAGGAAAUGACAGUCGAGGAUUUAAUUGACAUCAAGACAACUCCAGAGACUGUAAAGCCUCGUCCACCCAAGUUGUCAUCUGUUCCUUCUCUUUUGUCUUCUCUUCAAAAUGAAUGGGACAGUGUCAUGCUCGAAUCUUUUACUCUUAAGCAACAAUACCAACAAGUUCGUCAAGAACUUUCUCAUGCUUUGUAUCAAAACGAUGCCGCCACAAGAGUUAUUGCUCGUAUGAAGAAGGAGCGCGAUUCUGCCAGAGAAGCUCUUGCUAAUGUUCAAGCACAUUUGGGUACCGCUUCUUCUGCCCCUACCCAAGCUACUGCUACCGAAGAAUCUAUGGAAGUUGAUGCCAGUGCUUUACCUGAGGAAGUCGAUUCAAAAAUUGCUAAUACCGGUGAAGAACUUCGUCAAAAUCGUCGUAAUAAGAAGAAGCCACCAGUCGAGUUCGCUUCUGUUGAAUCCGUCAAAGAAUACACAGAAAUCAAAAACAUUCCUUCUCUUCAUUCAGCACGCCCUGCUGGUAUCACAGCUUUAGAUGUUAACGAAUCUGGCAGCAUUAUUUUGACAGGUGGCAAUGAUAAACACGUUCUUGUUUAUAACAAGGAUGAGGAUAAGGUCAUUGCUAACCUUACCGGCCACACCAAGAAGGUUACUGCAGUGAAGUUUAGAGGUCAACAAGAACAAGAUGAUAUUCUUCUUAGUGCAAGUGCCGAUAAGCAUGUUCGUGUUUGGGUUGCAGAUGAAAAGAAGGGUUAUAAGCUUGGUCAUAAUAUCACUGCUCAUAAGGCUGAUGUUACAGACAUUUCUGUUCACCCUAGUAAGGAUUAUUUCGUCAGUGCUGGUUUGGAUAGCAAAUGGUCUUUAUAUGACUUUGAUACUGCUAAGCCCAUUGUCGAAGCUUUUGAUACUGAAGUUGAAGCUGGUUUCCAUUCCAUUGAAUUCCAUCCUGAUGGUAUGAUUCUUGGUGCUGGUACAGGUAAUGGUGUCCUCCAAAUGUGGGAUGUCAGAUCACAACAAAUUGCUGCCAGAUUCGAAGGUCAUGCUGGUAAGGUUGGUGCUCUUGCAUUCUCUGAAAAUGGUUAUAUCCUUGCUUCUGCUUCUGAAGACAAUUUGGUCAAAAUCUGGGAUCUCCGUAAGUUGGCCAAUACAAAGACUUUCACACUGGAUGAAGAUUACAAGGUCAACACUCUUUCUUUUGAUAACUAUGGCCAAUACCUUGCUAUUGGUGGUACUGACCUCCGCGUUCUUAAGGCCAAAGAUGGCUCUGUUGUUGCUACUUAUAACGAUAAUAACAAGUCUGAAAUCACAGGUGUCCAUUGGUCUCCUCUUGCUCACGGUUUAAUGUGUUCUAGUUUAGAUCGUUCUGUCCGUGUUUAUGGUGCACCAUCAAACUAAUUUUAACAAACAUUUUCAUCCCCUUUCUCUCCGUAUCCCUUCUCACCAUCUCAUUCUUUUGCUUUCUCCUCUGUUACAUCACUCAAUCCAAGCGAAAAAGGAAAAGAAUUAAAAUAAUGUUCAUACAUGCUAAAUAAAUAUUUAAUAAAAAAAAAGGUUUUUUUUUUUUUAUUUUAUUUCUCAUUAUGCAGCA